AUGUAGAAUUUUAAUAAAUAUGUUGCCUUUACUAAAUGCACCUAUUUAAAAGGUUUUAGUACUUUCAAUGACAUUGCUUAAUCAAUUGAAUAAUAAUAUAUUUAAAAUGGAACAUUUUAAUCAACAUAAAGUUUGCAUUCAUGUGAUAAGUAUAAAUCUUAAGAAUGUACUUUUGGAUUAUUAGGGAUCAGAUGGUCUUUUUUUUGGAACUCUAAAAUAAAUUUAUGUUCAGUUAUUUCUUCUUGCGAUGAUGUAACUAAUUAGUUAGUAUGCUCAAGUUUGACUCAUGCAUACUAAUAGAGUUACUUUUUUAAAUCCUGCAUUGAAUUUUAAUUUCAAGGUCAUAAUUAUAAAGAUUAAUGCACAAUUUCUUGGUUAAUCUUAAUGGCCCACAAGUAGAAUUAUGUGUGUGGUAAAAUAAUAGAUGUGUGCCAUAUGUAGAGAUUUAAGCAAUGUCUCAAGUCAUUAUUGAUAAACAUCAUAGCAAUAAAAAUAUUUAAUAUAUUAUGA